AUGUUUAGAGAAAUACUCUCCUCUUCUGGGUACUGUUGUCAGUUCGAUAUGGACCAUUUCCAGAAACACACUGACGAUGCUACGAUGUUUAUAUCAGGUAUACGAACAAGUGAAGCAUUAGAUUUCGUAGUAGAUGGACAGAAGGUUUCACAUGACGGCACAGUAACUGCAGGAUUCGUUUUGCUCUACCUCUUUGAUCCUCAAGAUAGUAUUUCUCUAUUGGAUAGCUCUAUAAGAAUCAGUCCAUCAGCUUAUUUCGACGUAAACAUUGACGUUUGGGCGAUCGAUUCAUCGGAUUACGUGAAAGAGUUGUCAGUUAAAAGUCGAAAAUGUAUACUUGAAACUGAUGCUAUAUACGGCACCGGGUUUUACUAUGGCUGUAUUUCUGCUAACAUCGUGAGUAGAUUGGUUGACAAUUGCCAGUGUUUGCCAUUCAAUUAUAAUGCUGACCAAUUAAAAGUUGAAGAUAUAUAUACAUCAUGUUCGUGGGACCGACUCAUAUGUGUAUAUAGUACAUUAAAUAAAGUAUUUGGCAAUAUGAAAAACGUGAUUGGAGGCAGCGAGUGCUACCAGAGAUGUGACUUCAUACAAUACGACACCGACGUGAAAUAUGUCCGACAGGAAAGGAAAUUCAAUGACGUCGAUGGUAACCACAGCAGAAUUUCUGUUCAUUUCAGUGACAACACUUGCCUGAAGUACAGGCGAGAAGUGCUUUAUACUUGGGACCAAAUGCUAGCAAACCUUGGUGGAAUAUUUGGACUUUGUCUAGGUGGAUCUAUAAUAAGUAUAAUCGAAUUGGUUUGGUUCUUAUUUGAUAUUUUAUACGCUACACUAACUUACAGAAGAAAUAAGACAAAAGUGGAAGUAUUGCAGAAGAAAUGGCAGACAUCCGUAGAUAAUUUAUCGCCAUUGAAAAAGAAACAUGUUUUGGGAAAAUAUAAGUUUGUCAACUAA